AUGCCGGAGGUCUGUGAUUGGCUGCAGUUGACAGCGGCACGCGGUAACCGUGGCGAUGUGGGUCAAAGCAGGAAGUAUAACUUGCUGUUGACCAAUCCUGCAGAUCACAAACACACAUAACCAAAGCAAAAGGUGAGCCAGAAGACAGAGAGAGGAGAGGGCACUGCAUGUUUGAACGUUUGAAAGUAUUCAAAUCUAAUGAAACAACCUUCAAAUCUGUACAUUUAGAUUUUCACAUCAACAAAUAACCUUCAAUUCAUUACAUUUUCAUCUCUUAUCCAGAUUAAAAUAACCAAUAUACAUAAAAUAAUCUGUAGUCUGAAAAUAUAUACAUUUUAGGUGUUUGGCGAACCCACUACAAUUACCCCGCAACCAGGGUCGCGACCCCGACUUUGAAUACUUUGGUGUAAAGUAACAUGAUGUCCUGAAGCUGUCGUAGAAUGAUUUGACUGUUUGUAUGAUUUACUGAGUGUGCCUUUUUGUUGGUCAUCACCAGUCUCUGAGGCAGUGCUGUGAGGAGACCCUCUCUCUGCUCCUGGAUGGACGGUUGGAGGUGACAGACUGGGGCAGAGGGAGGGUCCACAAGAGCCGAGCUGCACUCAGGAAUGAGGAGAAGCAGUCACCAAGAUCAACAGGACUACCCUGGACAGAACCGAGCAGAACAGAGUCCAGAAACAUGGAACCACACUCAAGCCUGAAGCACAGGGCCCAGCUACAGUGAGGGCUACACAGAGAGGCACGGACCGAACACUCAAAGUGACUCAACCUCACCGCAGAGAAAAUUACACUAAUGAAAAAGAGCCCCGAGGCAAAGUGAGAGAAAGAGACUGGGUGAACCACAACGAGGCAGAGGACAAGAGGCAGAGCGGUUAAACUGGAGACAUCCAGGAGAGAGGGGUGAAGAGCUGCGGACACGAGGGACAGACACAGCACCGUAAGUCUCCAACCAAGAGGAAAAAGCCUCUGUCUCAGACUCAGCUCAAGCGGCUGGCUGUCACUCAGGCUAACAGCCAAGACAGGAGAGCAGACUGUGAUGGUAGGGUGGGCCACUGCGAGUGCGCUGAGACUGUAGCUCUGCUAGAGGGCGCUGCGGCUGGACCCAGUGACAGGAUGCCGCCCACUCCGCGGACAGACGAGGCGGUAUGGGCGGCGGCAGCGUUGGGCUUCCUCCUGGUGCUGCUGGUACUGUCCGUGUUGCACACGCGCCUCUACCGCCAGUGGCGCACAACGCCCAGCAUGUACUGGCAUGACCCCAAGCAGGACUACGACAGGGUGGCAGGUGGGUUCAGGUGGCCCAUGUUGACUCCAACGCUUCCCACAGUUGUGUCAAGUUGUCUGGAUGUCAUUUGGGUGGUGGACCAUUUUUGAUACACACAGGAAACUGUUGAGUGUGAAAAACCCAGCAGUUCUUGACACAAACCGGUGCGCCUGGGACUUACUACCAUACCCCGUUCAAAUGCACUUAAAUCUUUUGUCUUGCCCGUUCACCCUCUGAAUGGCACACAUACACAAUCCAUGUCUCAAUUGUCUCAAGCCUAAAAAAUCCCUCUUUAACCUGUCUCCUCCCCUUCAUCUACACUGAUUGAAGUGGAUUUAACAAGUGACAUCAAUAAGGGAUCAUAGCUUUCACCUGGAUUCACCUGGUCAGUCUGUCAUGGAAAGAGCAGGUGUUCUUAAUGUUUUGUACACUCAGUGUAUCUCUCAAUGAUUGGCUGUCAAUAGAAACUUUAGGGCUCCCUUGGGCCCUGGUCAAAAGUAGUGCAGUACAUAGGGAAUAGUGUGCCAUUUGGGAUGCUUGCAUUGAAAUGGUAAAUGUCUGUCCCUAACCGGCUUCAGCGUGUCCAACAUCACGUCCUCGGACCAUUAGUGUGUUUGCGUAUCAAGUAGUGCGCUACUUUUUAAUAUAUAAUCUCUCGUGGAAAAUGAUGCGUGUAAACGGAGAGAAUCUGUCGGGACUGAAUGGGAUGUGUAGGACAACGAGCAGCAGUAGUUCUGGUGUUUGGUUUCUCAUCACUGGUUAUUUGUACAAAUCCCGAUUUCGCAGGUGUUCGCAUCUUUCAUACUUUGGAAUGAGGGAACAUUCGGCCCGUAACAUGAGAAGAGAGGGAUCCGCUCUUUCUAGCAUCUCUUCUCUUAACACGUAUGGACCCAGAAUUUAAUCGAGCAUCUGACUAAUUACGUGACACUUUAGUUCUGGGUUAACCGAGAUUAUGGCCCAUAGGGCUCUGGUCAAAGUAGUGCACUAUAAAAGGAAUAGGGUACCAUUUGGGACACACAGUAUGCCAUUACUAUGUAAUGAGCUGUGAUUAAAUGUUAAAGACUUCAGACAUAAAACUAACAACCUGUGAAAUCAUUCACACCAAGAGGACCGUUACAUGUGUGACUACAUGAACCAGAGAGAGAAAGUGAGAGACUGUAGUUUGUACAGCUUACCCAGAACGGUGCUUUGAUACAGCCUUUGGCUUACCUCCUGAUGGAGGUUUCAAUCUCGAACUAAACAAAAAAUACAAAUUUAAGACAAUUCACUAGUUUUUUAGUUUUUUAUUAGAAAUGUACAGCUUAUGA